GGGCCGGCCCAAGGACCUCCCGGCUCGCCGGAGCUCGCCAGCUGCUCGCCAGCCCGCGGGAGGGGGCCAAGCCUCCGGGCGCUUCCGCGGUUGGCUGCUCAGCGCCCCGGCCUCGAGUUGCCCCGCUGCGCUCGGCGUUCCUAACACGCGCGCACACACUGCUUCUUUUUCUAAUACCUCCAAGGAAAUAGAACCGUCUUCAAGCUGGCGGGAGCAAUGGUGCACAUAACGAAAGGCGAGCUGACCCGGGAAGAAAAGGAGCUGCUAGAAGUCAUCGCGAAAGGUACUGUCCAAGAAGCUGGAACAUUAUUAGCCAGCAAGAAUGUUCGUGUCAACUGUUUGGAUGAGAAUGGAAUGACCCCUCUAAUGCAUGCUGCAUAUAAAGGAAAACUUGAUAUGUGCAAAUUACUUUUACGACAUGGAGCUGAUGUAAAUUGUCAUCAACACGAACAUGGAUACACAGCCCUCAUGUUUGCUGCACUUUCUGGUAACAAAGACAUCACGUGGGUAAUGUUGGAAGCUGGUGCUGAGACAGAUGUUGUAAACUCUGUAGGAAGAACAGCAGCUCAGAUGGCAGCCUUUGUGGGUCAACAUGAUUGUGUGACUAUAAUCAACAAUUUCUUUCCUCGAGAGAGAUUGGAUUAUUACACUAAACCCCAGGGACUGGAUAAAGAGCCAAAACUGCCUCCAAAGUUGGCAGGCCCACUGCACAAAAUUAUUACUACAACAAACCUUCAUCCUGUCAAGAUCGUGAUGCUUAUAAAUGAGAAUCCUCUGCUGGCAGAAGAAACCGCUCUGAAUAAAUGCUACAAAGUGAUGGAUUUAAUUUGUGAGAAAUGUAUGAAGCAAAGAGACAUGAAUGAAGUAUUGGCUAUGAAAAUGCAUUACAUCAGCUGUAUCUUUCAGAAAUGCAUUAACUUCUUAAAAGAUGGAGAGAAUAAACUGGACACUCUGAUCAAAAGCUUGUUAAAAGGCCGAGCUUCUGAUGGCUUUCCCGUAUAUCAAGAAAAGAUCAUAAGAGAAAGUAUCAGAAAAUUUCCUUACUGUGAAGCCACACUCCUCCAGCAGCUGGUGCGAAGCAUUGCUCCUGUUGAAAUUGGUUCUGAUCCUACUGCAUUCUCUGUACUUACCCAAGCCAUCACUGGUCAGGUGGGUUUUGUGGAUGUUGAAUUUUGCACUACCUGUGGCGAAAAGGGAGCAAGUAAAAGAUGUUCCGUAUGCAAGAUGGUAAUAUAUUGUGAUCAAACCUGCCAGAAAACACACUGGUUUGCACAUAAGAAAAUCUGUAAGAAUCUAAAGGACAUUUAUGAAAAACAACAAUUGGAAGCUGCCAAAGAAAAGAGUGAAGAGGAAAACAAUGGCAAACUUGAUGUCAAUUCUAAUUGUGUUAAUGAAGAGCAGCCAGAAGCUGAAGCAGGAAUCUCCCAAGAGGAUUGUAACCCUAAGGAUUCUGUGGAAGGGGAGAAAGAACACCCUCAGAAUGCAGCUGGGUUGGAUGGCUUACAGGAUGCUCCUGCAGGUCCACAGGAAUCUGAGGAGUGAAAGCCAGAGCAGGUGCCAUCAUGGACGGUUCAUACCCUGGCAGGUAGCUGGAAAGCUCAUGUGACUGUGUCCUCACUGCCUCGUGACACCGCAUGGCACCAUGGCAGGAUUCCAUGUUUCCUAGAAUAGAUGCCUUCAAGCAAAGCUCUGUCUACCAUGCCCUGAUUUCCUAAUGAUUGCUGUACUGUAAUUGGACAGAUACUCCAAGGGAAAAUUUUUAUUUCAAAGUAUCAAAGAAACAUUUUUAUUCCCUUUCUGAGGCCAGCUUCCCAGCCAUUGUUCUCAAAGCCAAAGAAAUCCCUUUAAAGAAGAAAUAUAGGCUCUGGGGAACAAAGGGACAAGCAAAACAGGUGUAGGAGAGAGAUCUUCAGAAAGGAUUUUCUAGCCACUGAGAUGGGUAAAUGAAUCAUAACUUAUAUGUGAAUAAGAUGCAUAUAAAUAGCAUUUACAAUAGUGAAGUCUUAUUUAGAUGCAAUGACAUGAAGCAAAAAGUUGUAUGUUACAGGAUCUGUCACAGUUCAGCUCACUGUAGAUUUAUAUAGAAACAAUCCUGAGCAGUCUAAACUUUAUAUGGUUCUUGCAGUCACGUUUUAUCUUUAGUAUUUGUACCUUCAGAAAUGUCAGAACUAAGGCCUAGCCACGAUUAUCUCAGCAUGUGCAUUAAAAAGGAUGUUUCAUGAAAUUUCAGAUUAAAUAAUGGCUAAACAUAGUGUGUCCCCAGUUAUAACACCAAUUCAUGUGCCAUAUUCUACUUGAAAGACUUUUAUCUUCCUGUAAGCUUUUCAUUGGGCUCUUCCUGCCCAGAGACUGAUUUAUAACUGUCACUUUUAGAAUGUGCUGGCACCAGUUUUUAGCAUAUGCAGUACAGAAGCAGAGCUAGGGCCUGAUCGCCGAAGAUAGCACUGCGUUUCAGAGUUUCUUGUGAUGAUUGUCAAAUAAAUCGUGCCUACUGAUAUAACCAGCUCCA